AUGGCGGGGGAGCUGGGGCAGCAGACGGUGGAGCUGGGCGCGGUGGUGCGGCGUGCGGCGGAGGAGUCGUAUCUCGCGCUGCGGGAGCUCGUGGAGAAGUCGCAGGCGGAGGCCGAGGGGAAGGGCCUUGGCGCUGGAGCCAAUGGCGGCUGGCAGCGGUCCGACACCGAGAAGAAGAUUGACUUGCUCAAGUUCAUCACACGCACGCGCCAGCGGAUGCUUCGCCUCCACGUCCUUGCCAAGUGGUGUCAGCAGGUUCCUUUGGUCCAUUAUUGUCAACAGCUCGGAUCAACUCUCCACAGUCAUGAGACAUGCUUCACCCAAACAGCUGACUCGCUGUUUUAUAUGCACGAGUGCUUGCAGCAGGCUCGGGCUCCUAUGUUCGAUGUUCCUUCUGCUAUUGAAGUCAUGCUUACAGGUGGUUAUCAGAGGCUGCCAAGAUGCAUAGAAGAGAUAGGAAGUCAAAAUAAACUUUCCCCAGAUGAAGAAAAGCGCGCUCUGUGGAAAUUAGACGCUAGCGUGCGAUACAAAGUACUUGUGACACCAAGACCUAAAGAAGUAUCUAAUGUUUCAGUAACUGAUGGGAUAGCUGUUUUCCGUGUGGAUGGGGAAUUUAAAGUUCUUCUUACAUUAGGUUACCGUGGUAAUGUAGACUUAUGGAGGAUAUUGCAUAUGGAGUUACUGGUUGGUGAGAAGAAGGGUCCUAUUAAACUGGAUCAAAGUAGGAGAUUUGCUCUUGGUGAUGAUAUAGAAAGAAGAAUGGCAGCUUGUGAGAAUCCCUUUGCAGUGCUAUAUGCUAUACUUCAUGAGUUCUGCAUCUCUCUUGCUAUGGACACUAUUAUUAGGCAGGCUAAUGUUCUUCGACAGGGACGGUGGAAAGAUGCCAUAAGAUCUGAACUCAUCUCUGACAGUGCCACUGGACAAACUGGAAAUACUCCUCUAAUGCAGCUUGUUCAAGAUGGGGAAUUCGAUUCAAGUGGUUUUAAGAUACCUGGCCUGAAAGUUAAUUACUGGCUAGAUGAGAAAAACACUAGCACAACAGAACCUGAUUCAUCUCCAUUUAUCAAAAUUGAGGCAGGGCUGGACAUGAAAAUAAAGUGUCAGCAUAGUUCAUUUAUUCUCGAUCCAUUUACAGAUAAAGAGGCGAACCUGUCUCUUGAUCUAAGUUGCAUUGAUGUUGAACAACUUAUUUUGAGAGCAAUUGCUUGCAAUAGGCACACACGCCUUCUUAAUAUUCAGAGACAACUGUGCAAAAAUGUCCAAAUUUCUCAGUCCCCAAAAGAUGUUGUCUUGACACGAGAUGUUGCAGCAGCGAAGGACCCAACAAAGAAUGCAGAGAAGGGCUUCACAGAUUGUUUUGGGAACGAAGUGCUUCAAGUUAGGGCAUAUGGUCAGGCGUAUGUUAGUCUUGGAAUAAAUAUCAGGAGUGGCCGCUUUCUCCUCCAAUCACCUGAAAAUAUAUUACCCCGUGCUGCGAUUAUGGACUGUGAGGAAGCUCUAAACAAAGGGAGUACAUCAGCUACCGAGGUUUUUUCAAGCUUAAGGACCAGGAGCAUCCUCCAUCUAUUUGCUGCAUCUGGAAGUUUUUUUGGCCUUAAGGUCUAUCAGCAGUCUCAGGGCACUCUGAAGAUUCCCAAGACCAUAUUACAUGGCUCAGAUUUGAUGGUCAUGGGAUUUCCACAUUGUGCAAAUGCCUAUUAUUUGUUGAUGCAACUUGAUAAGGACUUCAGGCCUGUUUUUCAUUUGCUUGAGACACAGUGUGAUGCAAAUGAUAAGACUAAUGCAAAUGGAGAUGCGAAAGAAGCUAUCAGGUUUAACAAAAUCAAUAUAGGACAUAUGCAAAUACUUAAAAAUGAGACGAAUGCAAAUCCUUUUGAUAUGAAGCUGCAGGCCCUACAAAGUUUAGUGGACCCUGCUGACAUGAUGGAGGGUGAUCUUCCUGUCCAGAAUGGAAUUGUGCCUCUUCCGCUACUUCCUGCUUGUUCACCAUCAUUUUCAUCUAUUGUUGAUGAGGUUUUCGAAUAUGAACGUGGUUCUACUGCUGCACAUAAUCAUUCUCUUUCAGUUGAUAUUCAGGGAAUGAAUGCUAGGGUUGUCUCACCAAUGCAUGAUGGAAGCUUAUCUCAUACCAAAGCUAAUAAUAUGGCAAAAGUUCAUCCUAGUGUCAGUUUGAAUAGCUAUUUCCCAAGUAAUUUUAGACAUUUACAAGGUGUAAAUAAAUCAGUUCAGCUUGUACCUUCAAGCAAUAAUAACAGCAAUCAAAUCCCUGCUCAAAGCUCACAUUCAGGGAAUCUUGGGAACGCUAUGCCUGGUCAUUUGGUUGGAUCUUCAACUAUAACCGGAGGAUUAGAGCAGCUCAUUACCGCUGGUUCUGAUAGUGCAUCAUCUAGGAAGCGCUCUCUUUCAGAUUUCUUACCAAGUAUCCCUUCAUUACGAGGACUGCAAGCUAGUGAGCCAAGAAAGCGGAGAAAAAAAUCAGAAUCAGUGCAGAAUCUCCUGUCUUUGCAGGCACACUUUUCUAAUUUGCAAUCAAGAGUUGGCUUCACCUAUGGAGAUGUUCUUGCGGAAAGAAAUAAUUGUGUUCCGGCAACUAUAUAUGCUUCUGUGCUACUACAUGUCAUAAGACACUGUUCAUUAUGCAUCAAACAUGCUCAACUAACUGCUCAGAUGGAUUCCCUUGCCAUUCCAUAUGUGGAUGAAGUUGGUCUGCGGACACCAUCGUUGAAUCUUUGGUUAAGAUUACCUUUUGCACAAGAUGAUUCUUGGAAGCAUAUAUGCUUGCGCCUUGGUAAGGCUGGAAGCAUGUCUUGGGAUGUUAGGAUAAAUGAUCCACAUUUCAGGGAACUUUGGGAACUUCAUGGAGGAAGCACCACAACACAAUGGGGUGUUGGCAUUCGCAUUGCGAAUAGCUCAGAAAUGGAUUCACAUAUCUCAUUUGAUUCCAAUGGUGUUGUUUUAACUUACAACACUGUUGAGGCAGAUAGUGUCCAGAAGCUUGUGUCAGAUUUACAACGACUUUCAAAUGCUCGUUCCUUUGCUCGUGGAAUGAGGAGACUGAUUGGUGUGAAAUUUGAUGACAAGCUAGAUGACAAUCAGUUAUCCAUGGAGGUGAAAUCACAAUCUGUUAAUAAAGGUAACAGUGAUGCUGCUGACAAGCUAUCUGAGCAGAUGAGAAAGACAUUCAGGAUUGAAGCUGUCGGUCUAAUGAGCUUAUGGUUUAGUUACGGCACCAUGCCUAUGGUACACAUAGUUGUUGAAUGGGAGAUUGCUAAGGGUGGUUGCACGAUGCAUGUUUCUCCAGAUCAGCUUUGGCCACACACAAAGUUUCUGGAGGAUUUCGUGAAUGGUGGAGAGGUAGCAUCUUUCUUGGAUUGCAUUCGGUUUACAGCAGGACCUUUACUUGCCCUUGGAGGUGCAAUACGUCCUGCAAGGAUGCCUGUUACCGUUUCAUCUGGAUAUAGCUCUAUGCCAAAACAGCCGAACAUCCCGGCACAAGGGCCUAUAGCAAAUGGUUCAUCUUCAUCAACCAUACAUCAUGCACCUGUCCCCCCAAAUGCUGCAGCUGCCCAUUUAGGCAGUCAUAAUCUUCAUGCUGCUGCAAUGCUUUCAGCUGCUGGACGGGGUGGACCUGGGCUUGUUCCCAGUUCAUUACUGCCUUUUGAUGUUUCGGUCGUACUUCGUGGGCCAUACUGGAUACGCAUUAUAUAUCGCAAGAAAUUCUCUGUUGACAUGCGCUGCUUUGCUGGGGAUCAGGUUUGGCUCCAGCCGGCUACUCCUCCUAAAGGUGGACCUUCAGUUGGUGGAUCGUUGCCAUGCCCACAGUUCCGGCCUUUCAUAAUGGAACAUGUUGCUCAGGGUCUAAAUGCUCUUGAACCCAACUUCAUGAAUGCUACACAGGCUAGUGGACACUUAAAUAACAAUGCUGGAGCUCCACAAACUGCUCCUAGUGCAAAUCGUUUAAGUGCUACCCCUGGUGUUUCUAUGUCCAGGCCGACUUCUGGUGUUGCUAACCAUGUAGCAGCCAGUUUGAGUCGAGCAGGAAAUGCCAUGUUGGCUUCUUCGGCUCUUGCUUCUGGUAUUAGUGGAGCUUCUGUGCGACUUACUGCUGGAGCUGGUCUCCCUGUUCACAUGAAAGGGGAACUAAACACAGCUUUUAUAGGGCUGGGGGAUGAUGGCGGAUAUGGUGGUGGUUGGGUUCCUUUGGCAGCUCUUAAAAAGGUGCUGAGAGGGAUCCUAAAGUACCUUGGAGUUCUAUGGUUGUUUGCACAAUUGCCUGAACUUUUGAAAGAAAUACUAGGAUCAAUCUUAAAGGACAAUGAGGGUGCUCUCUUGAAUUUGGAUCAAGAGCAGCCUGCGCUCCGGUUCUAUGUCGGAGGAUAUGUAUUUGCAGUAAGUGUCCAUCGCGUUCAACUGCUUCUACAAGUCUUGAGUGUGAAAAGAUUUCACCACCAGCAACAGCAGCAGCAAGCUCAGAGCAAUGCUCAGGAAGAGCUAGCAGCUGCUGAAAUCAAUGAAAUAUGUGACUACUUUAGCAGGCGUGUUGCCUCCGAACCAUACGAUGCUUCUAGAGUUGCUUCUUUUAUCACUUUGCUUACAUUGCCAAUUUCAGUACUGCGUGAGUUUUUAAAGCUGAUUACAUGGAAGAAAGGUCUUUCCCCGGUUAACGGGGACAUUGCUACCGCUCAGAGGGCUCGGAUCGAGCUUUGUUUGGAGAAUCAUUCAGGAUCAGCUGCAGCUGAUAACACAGAGAACAGCACUUUAGCCAAGAGUAAUAUUCAUCAUGAUAGAGCCCACAGUUCAGUAGAAUUUGCCCUGACAUUUGUACUUGACCAUGCUCUCAUUCCUCACAUGAAUGUAGCUGGUGGAGCUGCCUGGCUUCCAUAUUGUGUAUCUGUGAAACUUCACUAUUCUUUUGGGGACAACAAUCAUAUAGCUUUCCUUGCUAUGAAUGGGAGCCAUGGUGGGAGAGCCUGCUGGUUGCAGUUUGAGGAGUGGGAAAGAUGUAAGCAAAAGGUUUCAAGAGCUGUGGAAACUGUGAAUGGGUCUGGUGUAGCAGGAGAGGUGGGCCAAGGAAGGCUGCGAAUGGUUGCCGAGAUGAUCCAAAAGCAGCUUCAACUCUGUCUACAACAGCUAAGAGAUGGCCCACUUUCUGCAGGCUCUACUGCAUCAUGA